UUGGGAGGAAGAAGAGGAGCCGGGCGACGGGCUCACCUCACCCCUGUCGCCUCAGCAGUGCCAGCCCGCGGCUUUUGCGUCCCCUUCGGGGGACCCAGGAGUCCGAGCGGAGACGGGGCCCGGCGAACCUAUCAACUGCUCCGCUGGGCUCCUUCCCCUUAGGAUCGACUCUCCGGGACUUUUCGGGGGACGCCAAGGAGGAGGAAGCCUCCUAAGGCGAAUCCCCCAAGUCCUCUCCGCUUGCCUCGCCUACUCUCUCGUCUUUAACCGGCGUGGAGCCCGUCUUGCCUCCCCGGUUGCCCGUCCGAAGACCGAGUGGAGUUCGUGGGAUUCGAAGCUAGCCCCCUCUGUCCGUUCCGGCUAGCGGCAACCGACUGCAGCCAAGCCAAAAUACCUCGAAGAUGUCCGUCACCAGCCAUGAGAACCGAAAAUCCCGCUCCAGCUCCGGAUCCAUGAACAUCCAACUGUUCCACAAGCCAGGCCAUGCCGACAGCCUCCUGACCCACCUGAACCUGCUGCGCCAGAAACACCUCUUCACUGACGUGGUACUCAGGGCCGGCAACGGGGCCUUCCCCUGCCAUCGGGCCGUGCUGGCCUCUUGCAGCCGUUAUUUUGAGGCCAUGUUUGCCGGGGGCUUGAAGGAGAGCAGGGAUGCCGAGGUCCACUUCCAUGACACGCUACACCCCGAAGUGCUGGAGCUGCUCUUGGACUACGCCUAUUCCGCCCGGGUGCUGAUCAACGAGGAGAACGCAGAGUCGCUCCUGGAGGCCGGGGACAUGUUGCAGUUCCAGGAUAUCCGGGAUGCUGCGGCGGGCUUCCUGGAGAGGAAUCUGCACCAGGCCAACUGCCUCAAUAUGCUGCUGCUGUCAGACGCCUAUUCCUGUGAGCGCCUCCUCGAGCUGUCCUGGAGGAUGGCGCUGGCCAAUUUUGCCUCCUUGUACCAGACAGAAGACUUCCUCAAACUUCCCAAGGGCAAAGUGCUGGAGCUGGUGCGCAGUGAAGAGCUGGAGGUGGAGGAUGAGAGCCUCGUGUAUGAAGCCGUCAUCGGGUGGAUCGAGUACGACCUGGCGGGCCGGCAUGGGGACCUCCCGGAGCUCCUUGGGGCUGUGCGGCUGGCGCUCCUGCCCGAGUCCUACCUACGCCAACGGGUGGCGCUGGAGAAGGUGGUGACCAGCCACGAGCUGGGAGGCGAGAUCGUGGCCGAGGCCGUGCGCUGCAAGAUGAAGAUCCUGCAGAACGACGGGCUGGUGACAGGCUUCUGCGCCAGGCCUCGCAAGGUCAGCCAGGCGCUCCUUCUGCUCGGCGGCCAGACCUUCAUGUGCGACACCAUCUACACCCUCGACCGCAAGACCAGCGACAUCAUCCCCCGCACGGACAUCCCGAGCCCCCGCAAAGAAUGCAGCGCCUGCGCCAUCGGCUGCAAAGUCUAUGUCACGGGCGGGAAGGGCGCCGAGAACAGUGCCUCCAAGGACGUCUGGGUGUACGACACGCUGCAUGAUGAGUGGGCCAAGGCGGCCCCCAUGCUGGUGGCCAGGUUCGGCCACGGCUCGGCCGAGCUGGCCCACGGCCUCUACGUGGUGGGCGGCCACACGGCCGGGAGCAGCUCCUUCCCGGCAUCCCCCUCAGUCUCCCUGAAGCAAGUGGAGCACUACGAUCCCCAGGCGGACAAGUGGACCCUGGUGGCCCCCCUCCGGGAGGGGGUGAGCAACGCCGCUGUGGUUGGGGCCAAGAUGAAGCUCUUCGUCUUCGGCGGCACCAGCGUCAGCCAAGAGAAGCUCCCCAAAGUGCAGUGCUUCGACCCCUGCCAGAACCGCUGGACGGUGCCCGCCGGCUGCCCUCAGCCGUGGCGCUACACGGCGGCCGCCGUGGUCGGCAACCAAGUGAUCGUGAUCGGCGGAGACACGGAGUUCUCGGCCAGCUCCGCUUACCGCUUUCACAGCGACACCUACCAGUGGUCCAAGUUCGGGGACGUCACCGCCAAACGCAUCAGCUGCCGAGCUGUGACCUCAGGCAACAAACUCUACGUGGUGGGGGGCUACUGCGGAACUCAGCGUGGUAAAACCCUUGACUGCUAUGACCCCUCGUCCGAUUCCUGGAGCAGCGUCACUUCGGUUCCCUAUUCCCUCAUCCCCACAGCGUUUGUGAGCACCUGGAAAUACCUGGCCGCUUGAGGCUCGGGCCCCUCCCGCUCAGAGGCCGGGAAGAUAAAUGGCGGUUUCAGGCUGCUCUGCCCCUUCCCCUCUUGAAGCCUUCCCCCGCCUGCCGGACACAGAAUUCUGGCUCUGAAAUGGGAGCGCUCGUAGGCUGAAGUGGGGCCUCUCUUCUCUCCAGUCUGACUCCCUGUCUAGUAAGCCAGGUUCUGAGGGCUCGGGGCGGGCCUGUUUGGCCCGUUCUGCGGUUGACUCGGAGGAUGGAUCGUCUGUACAACUGAGGCCACUUUGCAAGGCCCCAUGUGCACAGGGGCGAGUCAGACCGUCUGCAACCUGAAACCUUGGGGAGAGGCUCCGUGAAGCUUCCGGCUCUUUAUGGGGGUGAGGGAGGGGAGAGAGGCUCCCCACCCCCCCAGAAAAAAAAACACCUGAAGGGGAAGGUGGCCUCAGUGGGGCAGGCGAUGGGACCAGAGUCUGCCACCACAGAACUAGGACGGGGUCGGCACGGUCGAGGUAGAAUAGGGUGGGUUGGGGCAGACCAGAGCGGCUGUCUCGUCGUCUUCUGGAAUCUUGGCAGCGGGCACAAGUCGAGACAGUUUGUGGUUUCACAAUUUAGAGUCACUUGAAAAAUAAUAGUGAUUUAAAAACGA